GCGCCUUGGAUCGUGUACAAGUUCCCCAUGGACGACAAGCCCCUCGAGCCAUGGGAUGAAAGAGCCGAUUGCGGCGGAACAAGAGAAGGAUGUACAUUCGUUGCGCAUCGCGGGGUGCUGGCCAAUGGCACCAUGUCCAUUGGAAGCGACUUGCGGAUCGAUGGCAAGCCCUGACUCAAGCUACUGCAGAUCGCCCUCAACCUUUGGCGGCGCCGAGCGCAGCGUCGGCGACGAACUGCUUUACAAAUUGGCUUCCUGCAUGCAAUCCUUCGGAACCGCCUGACCCCAAAGACAAGCCACUUGUCAUCCAAUGCAACUUGCCAGCGUUCCACGACGACGCUCUGGACGACUCCGCCGAGGAUCCAGCGGGCAAAGCCUCGGAGAGGGGGACCAGAAUGCCAAAUUUAACGUACGGGUUUAAUGUCUCAGUUUGAGGUUUUAUUGCUUUUCACCUAUAACCUUAUAUCCUG